AUGCCAAGCCCAGACUUGCCAAGAAUCAAUAUGCUUGUUGCUUGGAGAUGGGCCACUGACUCAAGUUCCAUUGCUCCAAAACCUAACCUGUUACAGCAAGUGGAAGGCAUUGGCUCUCACUUGAUCGUCACCAAGAUAUGUGAUCAAACUGCAGCGGUUACUGCUGUAGCAUUCGAUGCAAAUCAGCAUUUGAUUAGAGUUGCAUGCAUUGACAUUACUACUGAGAAGCUUAUCAGCAAGCUCAGCAGAGCUGUUGUUCAAGAAGAAGUGUCUACACGGAGCUUCCAUUCUUUAGAGAAUGUAAAGCCUCUCCCUCUCACCCAACCAGAGAACUUGUCGCUGACAUUACCAGCAGUUGGUGGCAUUGCUGGUAUUUGCGUGGGAGUGGCAGUUCUUGCUUUUGCUGUAGUUUUCUUGUUUGAGCGAAUGGAGGACUAUCUCUUGCUUAGAUCCACCUUUUUAUUAGUCUUGUCUUUGCUGCUAGCAAACGCUCAAGAUAACAUCGAAACGGUGCUGGACGAGACCGACUUCCAGGUCCAGGCAAUCGCGAAUCAAGCAAUCUUAAAUCGAGCCAGUACUUGUGGAAGUCUAGCGGAUUGCUCACUCAACACUUGCACAAGGCGCCCUUGCUGGCCGCAAUCCAAGGAUGAGAUCCAAAAGCUCUCUUGCUUUGGAGUAUUCCACAAUGGAGACUGCACGUCUCAGGCAAAUGGAACUUGCCAGAGCUUAAGCGUUUCAAGUCAAAGAACAUAUCUCAGAGUCCCACCCGAUGCUCCGGAGAAAGAUCGAGAUUUUCAGACGGUCUUGUGUGCUCAGAAAUCUCUAGAUAAGAAGCUACAACAGGCCUGGGAUAACACGAGGAAGUUCUCCCUUGGCUGGGCAUUCUUUGGAGGGAUUGAAGGAUACUUGUAUGUUUACCCAGGCCGGGACUAUGUCGACAGUUGGCAGUGUGAUAUUUACGAUCCAAGGCUCAGGCCAUGGUUUCUCAAUGCUUUGGCGGUCCAAAAAUCGCUCUACAUUCUCUUGGAAACCUCCACUUCCAUGAGCAAUCCCACUGGAGUUUUAUCCUCCCAAACCCGCUUUAAUGUUGCAAAUAACAUCAUUAAAAAGCUGCUAAACACCCUCACGAAUGGAGAUCAAGUGGCUGUGUCAACAAUUGGUGGUGAGAAAAUCGGAGCUCCAGUUUCCGUAGUUCUUGGCGUCCAGGAAACCUCUUUGGAUCUGGCUGGAAUCUCAUCCCUCAAAGAUUCCAUAAGCAACACAAGUGUUACAAACUCAGCCAGUAACAUAAAGAAUGGGCUGCAAGCAGCACUUGAUUUCUUCAACACCAGCUCCAACUUAAAUUGUUUGUCUACAGAAUCGGGUCCUUCACAACCAACGAUGCCACUUUCCAGCAAAUGCAGAGCAGCCUCAACAUGA